UAGUUUCAUUCUCUCCUCCUUUCUUCUUAGUUUUUCAUUUUUCUCUCUUCCUCUUAUAAAAUUAUUUUUGGUAUAAAUUCUACGAGACUUUCUUGCUAGUUCUGAUAUUCCAAGAGUUCGUAUCCUGGGAACUUGCGCUAUACACAGCGGAUAAGUUCCUAAGGACAGACCGCGGAUAAGUUACCGAGUUACUAAGGACAGUGAUUUACAGGCAUGAGAAAAUUGCGGUAUGAGGUUUUGGGAAGUUUUUUCCAACAAUUUCUGCUAUUGCUAGGUACCCAUCAUGAAACCGAGUGUUGUUGUAGUGCCAAUGAAUUCCAGCAACUUUGGCAGAUUUGUUUACAUUUUCUGUUUUCUGCUCUCAAGGAAAUUGGUCCAUUGAAAUAAUGUCUUGUCAAAUUUGUAUGAAAAAGGAGAAAAAUUAGUAAAAGAAGCACAGGAUGUUCACUUAAAAGUGCUUCUCAGCGUUCAAGUCACUGGGUGUUUGUUACGUAUUAUUUUGAAAGAUGAUGCUUACAUUUUUGGUGUACCAGAAAAUUGUUGAGCUAGAGAAGCGCUUGAUUAGCUUGAAUUCUGUUUUAAGUGUAUUAAAAUUGGUGAUUUGCAAGGAGGUCUCAUUACGAUUGCAGUGUUGUGAAGUGCAGGGGCGCACUUUCACUCUGGAGGUGCUGGUUUACUUUCAGCUUUAUAAGUUUUGUUUUUUAGAUUACUCAGAAAUCAGCUUUCUGUUUUAGCUGGCAAGCUUCUUUUCAUGGUGCUGGUGAACCUGUAAAGUUUAUGGGCUGUGGGGACUGUGAAAAUCUAAGUCACCCUGUAACGGUUCCUGCUACUGAUAACGUGGAAAUACUCCAAAGAAUUGUAAAGCAGCUGUUUGGAUGUUUUAACAUAGGUAUCAUAAUUGUUUAUAGUUAAGUGCAGUUUAGCACACUUUGUCCCCUCCGUCGACCCCUGCGUUACGUUACAACGAAAGGGUUUAGGGUUUUUGUCAAGCAAUGGACGAAGAAAACCAACGAAGUGUGCCGGUUCUGCCAUGGAUGCGCCACCCCCUUGACGUCACUCGCUGUGAACAACUCUCCCUCCGCAGAGUUCCUUUUCUGGACUGCAGAUUAAAGUCGGCGUUAGAGAACAUGAAAAUCUCGAAGCUUUUCCCGGUUCAAGUCGCACUAUGGCAAGAAACUAUUGGACCAGGUAACUUUGAGCGAGACCUUUGUAUAAACUCGCCCACAGGAAGUGGAAAAACCUUGGCCUAUGCUCUUCCCAUUGUGCGAAAGUUGUUGCCUACUUCCACUGUCAAGUGCCUUCGUGCUUUGGUUGUGGUUCCCACCCGCGACCUUGCCUUGCAGGUUAAACAGGUUUUCGAUGCUAUUGCACUGCCAUUAGGCCUGCGUGUGGGGUUGGCUGUUGGCCAAUCUUCGGUUGCUGAUGAGAUAUCUAGUCUCGUUUACCUACCGGGGGAAGAGGAGGGUGUAGAUCCUGGGUUUUUGUCUCCGUUCUGGUUUCAAAGUAAGGUGGACAUAUUGGUGGCAACCCCCGGAAGGCUUGUGGACCAUGUCAACUUGUCUAGGGGUUUCACAUUGAAGCAUCUUCAUUAUCUUGUGGUUGAUGAAGCUGAUCGGUUGCUCCGGGAGGACUACCAGUCCUGGUUGCCCACUGUACUUAAAUCGACCCAAUCUAGCAACAAUGAUGAUGGUGGUGGUGGUGGUGAUGAUGUUUUCCAAUUGGGGUUCCCUUAUUCUCCCUGGAGUAGAAGAUCAUGUAGUGGAGUUGAGAGGGGGUCUAACCCUCACUCUAGGCUGGCAAAGGUGGUUUUGUCUGCGACAUUAACUCGAGAUCCAGGAAGGCUUGUUCAGCUUAAUUUGCGUCACCCUUUGUUCCUCAGUGCUGGCAAAAUGCGGUAUAGGCUCCCAGAAAAUUUGGAAUCAUUCAAACUGAUUUGUGAAAGAAAGGUCAAACCCCUGUACUUGGUUGCCCUUUUGAAAUCCCUAGGAGAAGAAAAAUGCAUAGUUUUUACAAGAUCUGUGGACUCAACACAUCGUCUAUGCAAAUUGCUGAAUUGUUUUGGAGAUCUGCAAAUUGACAUCAAAGAGUAUUCUGGUCGUCAACAUCAACGUGUAAGAAGCAAGACACUGAAUGAGUUUAGAAAAGGGCAGUUUCAAGUGCUUGUAUCUUCUGAUGAAAUGACGCGUGGAAUGGAUGUAGAAGGUGUAAGAAAUGUUAUUAAUUAUGACGUGCCCAAAUACAUAAAGACUUAUGUUCAUCGAGCUGGCAGGACUGCAAGAGCUGGCCAGACUGGGCGUUGCUUUACAUUGAUGUCAAAUGAUGAGGUUGGACGGUUUAAGAGGUUGAUGAAAAAGGCUGAGGCUAGUGCUUGUCUUGAGCAUAAUGUUCCUUCCCAUUUGAUUGAAGAACUUCAUAGUACCUACCAAUUAGCACUAUCAAAAUUAAAGGAGAUAAUAUUGGAGAGUCGCAGGAAGCCCAAGGAUAAGUCCUGUCAAUAGAUCAGAAAGAGAGAAAAGAGAAAAAGUAUUUCACGGGAAUGGCUGGCUGCCAAUGAUUUAUAUAGACAGUGAAGUUAAUUUAUUUUAUUACUUUACUAGAGUUAAUAUAUUAAGAUUCUUGUA